UGCCACCCACGCACAAAAAAUUGAAAGCCAAAGGGGAAGACAGUUACGGGACAGUGAUCCAUGGCUGUUGAGUGUUGUUCCAUUCACGAAGUCCAACUCCAAGGCUUCAAGUAACUUAGUUCAGAACAAAGAUGUUGUUGUUGAAGUAGCUUUUAGUUGAGGCGUCUAUCAGUUCGUAGACGUCAGUAUCUGUAAUUAAUUUGUUUUGAUGAGGAGAGGUAGAAGGCAGCGAAGUUGGUAACUUGUACAUACAUAAUCAUUGUAUACGACUUUUGAAUUGUAGUCAAAUUUUCACAAAUUUUCAGCCAACGCGUACCAGUUAUAGUUGUGUGCCCUGCUUUGUUUGUGGUUGACUGGGCUGUUGUUGCCUUGAAAGAGAAAGAUGCUGAACUCCACGUUCCGCCGCGGCACUGCACCAGUUUGCUCCGGUUGCCGAUCAUUGUUUUCUGGCGUCCCGCGUCGAGGCGGCAGCGAGACGUCCACGGACGACGGUGUCGGGUGGUCAGAGAACGGCAGCUGUACCAGCGCUCGCGAUGCCAUUGUAACAUCGACGAACAACACAGCCAGGGCCGCACAAGAGCUGAUCAACUCGUCAUCGCACAGAAAUGGACGCGUGAAUCUAGUCAAAUCGGAUUUCUAUCACCAGCAGAAGAUAGCCUUGAUGUCAGAGAAAAAAUCCACCCGUCUGACGGCUAGGCAGCUUAUGUACGCCACCAAGCCCUCUGAAACAAAGUACCUCUUGAGCUCUGCGGCCUUCUUGCAUAAAGAACUCCCAAUUCGCAUCGCUCACAUGGUGAACCGCUUCCAAUCCUUGCCUUAUCUCGUCGGACUCAAUCCGCAUGUCUCCAGUGUUCACCAGCUUUAUGUGGUGUCCUUCCGAGCGCUGACGGCUGUCCAGCCGAUUGUAACGGAGAGCGAGGAGGUGGCGUAUUCGAAAUUGCUUCGCGUUCUCCUGGACAACCAUGAGGAUGUAGUCACUACCCUGGCUCAUGGCUUCCGAGAAUGUCGGGAGAUUCUGCCCAUGAAAGUUGUGAAGCAGUUCCUAGAUAGCUUUGUCACGUCACGACUCGGCAUUCGUAUGCUGGCAGAGCACCACCUCGCACUGCGCAAGAAUAUGGAUGGACAUGUUGGAGUGAUCAGCACGGAUCUGUCACCGCGUGAUAUCAUCCUGUCGUGCGGCAAAUACGCACAGCGACAGUGCGACACUCGCUACGGCCGUUCUCCCAAGGUCAACAUCGUCGGGGACACCACGUGUACGUUUCCGUACUUUGCCAUGCCACUCAAGUACAUCCUGGAUGAGAUCCUGAAGAACGCGAUGAGAGCCACCGUCGACCGACACCGUCGCUCCAAGGAGCUGCCGGCCGUUACGGCCACGAUCUGCAGUAACGACUCCGACUUUACUAUCCGCAUUUCCGACCUCGGCGGCGGCAUCGCGGCGGAGAGCGUCCAGCUCAUCCAGGAGUACAUGUUCACCACGUCGGAGGACGUGUCGAAGAGCGCGCAGUGCGACGACGACGACGGCGGCUCGGGCUUCGGCAUGUCGGCGCUGGGCGACUUUGUCAACUCUGCACAGCAGUCGUCCGCCGGGCCCAUGUCCGGCUUCGGCUUUGGCCUGCCGACGGCGUGCGCGUUUGCCAAGUACCUCGGCGGCUUCAUCGGCGUGCAGAGCAUGUACGGGCGCGGCACCGAUAUCUACGUGCACCUGAAACACUUCCAGUCGCCGCACCACACCAUCUACUUCUAGGCCGGGACAUCUACUUCUGGAGGCGGCGGCUGGCGAUGGUGCCGCUGCAAAAUGAAGGUCUUUGUUGUCUUGUUGUCUUUGUCUUCGCUGUGGUGCGGUGCUGUGUGCAGCAUUUCCGAUCCGGGCGACGACUGGCAUCUCGGUGAUGGUGUCGCUGCAGCGGCCGCGGCCUGGAACUAGCUCUCAGCCGUGCGUGCGCUUCGUCCCUUCUGUCGCUUUUUCAACGGUGUCUGUUUUGCCUCGAGGACGUCGAGUGGUUUCCGCUCUGUAUGGUAUCUGUCUAUUUAUAUAUAUUUGUAUUUUUUUUGUUUACAGCCGUGAGAAGUUUUCCAGUCCCCCGCCCCACGGUAGCCCAACCUGAUAUCUGGCGUUCGUAUCUAGCAAUUAUCCCCCCCCCCCCCGGUAUGAUUUUUUAAACAUUCCUUUGUUAUUACCGUGUGCCCGUGACCUUUUAGCGCUGGCUGUCGCCGCUCUAUAUACAGCUGUUCUUACCACACGGCAUGCUGGCUUCAAACGUCAGCUGUGUGCCCUCGGUCUCGUGCGCAAGUCCUCUCCGCAUCUGCUUGCGUAAUUCUGCGUAGCCAUCCUCCACGCUCAACUGGCCUCUGCAUACGUUAUCAUUAUUACUAUUAUUACUAUUACGUGAUGGACGAUAAGCUACCUCGCCGGCCUAUAUUUAUAGUAUUUUUGUUGGUUUGUUUUGAAAGUCGUGUGUUGUGCCUACGUUGUUAUUAUCAUUAUUAUUACGUGAAGGUCGAUAAGCUACAACACCGACCUAUAGUAUUUUGUUGUUGUUGUUGUUGUUUUGAAAGUCUUGUGUUGUGCUGUCGCUGCGGUUGCCCUCUCUAUCUUAUCAACCCAAUGUAUUUAUUAAUACCGCCGAACGUCUAGUAGUCACCCCUGCUGCUACUAUCGUCUAGUACAUAGCCGCAGAUUCACGAUGCUCUAUUUCCCGAAAUACCCCAGUUCUCGCGGGCAACCUGAUCGUGUUGAACUUGAAUCGAUUUUUUUGUUGUUAUCAGAUUGGUCACGGUAUGAGCACUUAUUUAAGGCUAGAGAACUCUUACAGGCUUAUUUGGGCAACCUUAUGACGGCCUUUCACCGAAUUUAAAAAUGUAGUGCUACUUCUCAUGCUGCUGCGAUCAUCUCGCUCAUUUGCUCCAAUACACAUAGCUGCUGAUUAUUCUGCUCCGACCUCCA